CUCGCAGAGCAGUUGUUGAGUAGAAACAGUUUGACAUCAAAGCUUGAAGAUGAGAAUCAACUCUUGUCCCUAACUAACAUUACAAAACUGAAUCAUUAACUCUCUGGACCAAAAAUGCCUUACGCUAACCAACCAUCAGUUACAAUCUCGGAGCUAACCGAUGAAAAUGUAAAAUUUAUCGUUGAAGACACAGAAUUAAGUGUGGCCAAUAGUUUACGGCGGGUAUUUAUUGCGGAAACACCGACACUUGCGAUCGAUUGGGUGCAGCUGGAGUCUAAUACAACUGUUCUAGCCGAUGAAUUUCUUGCUCAUCGCGUUGGGUUAAUACCGCUCAUUUCAGAUGAAGUGGUAGAUCGUAUGCAAUACAGCCGUGAUUGCCCGUGCUUAGACUUUUGUAACGAGUGCAGUGUGGAAUUCACUUUGGACGUAAAAUGCAACGAGGAGCACACUCGACAUGUUACAACAGCUGAUCUGAAAUCAAGUGACCCUAGGGUAUUGCCAGUUACAUCCAGACAUAGAGACGAUGAAGACAACGAAUACGGAGAAGGAACAGAUGAAAUACUAAUCAUUAAGCUUCGCAAAGGACAGGAGUUAAAGUUAAAAGCUUAUGCUAAAAAAGGCUUCGGGAAAGAACAUGCGAAAUGGAAUCCUACAUGUGGUGUUAGCUUUGAAUACGAUCCAGAUAAUGCUAUGAGACAUACUCUAUAUCCAAAACCAGAUGAAUGGCCGAAAUCAGAACACACCGAAUUGGACGAUGACAAAUACGAAGCUGACUAUAACUGGGAAUUGAAGCCGAACAAAUUCUUCUUUAAUGUCGAGUCUUCUGGUGCCCUCAAACCAGAAAAUAUUGUGCUGAUGGGAGUUCAAGUUUUGAAGAACAAGUUGUCAAAUUUGCAGACUCAAUUAAGCCAUGAGACAGACGUUUUGGCUAUUUGAACUCGUAGACGGCUUCACGCUAUGUAAAAUAAUUUAAUAAAAUAAGCUAUGUUGCAAACAAUACAAUUGAUACACUUUUCAUCGUUGUUAAAGUCAUAAGCUAAUAGUUGAUAGCUUGAUGAAGGAAUUCAUAUAUAUUUUCUACAAUAUCUACAGGUUCAAUUGGCAAUGAUAUUAUCUGGCACUGUUGUAUGUUAUUUUGCUUUCCUUUAGGCCGACAAGAUAUACCACACUCAACGGGAGAGUCAUGUCAAAAUGUAUUAUUUUUUUUUAACUAAAAUGUCCCGUAGUAUUAGUACAAAAUAUCCCAAUCAGUCCCGGUUUUGGACGUCCUGGGCUAAUUAACGUAAAUCUGAAUGUGUAAUUUGAAGAUAAUAAAAUGUUGUAAAAUCUCUCCAAGAUUAA